AUGUCUGGGUGGGCCAGGCUCGCUUCUCGACUUGGUCUCGGGGAAGAUGAAAACUUGCAAUCAGAAUCGUGUCAAGCUCCUGCAUCGAGCGAGUCCCAGGGUACAGUCCGCGAUCGGCCUGUGUCUUCUGUUUCGCGCAGGCCUGGCAGACCUCGUGGCAGUGUCACUGUAAGGGCGGCUGCAUUGCAGCAGGAGGCCCUGCAAGAAGAACUGGAUGAGGGAGCGGAUGAGACGAUGAUCCAAGCAGAGGAGCCUGUGCUCCUCGCUUCUGUGCCAGAGGAAAGGUUACGUUUUUCGUUGGAGGCCUUUCGGGACGCAGGCACUGCUGCUUUAACAAGCUGGAUUGAAUCCUUUGAAGCCCAACAGGCGGACUCGCAGGACUCGAAUAUGCUUGUGCAGAUGAUGCGGAACAGCAGUCAUCUUUACAGCAAGCUGUGUUUAGGGCAGGCUAUGGGCAUUUCCACACACACCGUUUGCCGCAAAUUCAAGCAGUGUGCCUCUGCUCUUUUGCAUGGUCAGCGUAUUCAGUGGUCUCGCUUGCUUCACAGGAUUGGUGCCCGACUGGCUGCUGGUGAAUGUGAGGGUUUGCUGAUUGCUCGCGUGCACAAAUAUGACGAGUCUCCGUUCACUGUGCGAGUCGAUGAGUCCGGAGAGUUGCUCGGACUAGACCGGAGACGUCGCCAGCAGCAGCAGACUGAAUCCGCUGGUUCCCGGGCCAAGCUUGUGUCGACCUUCCACCGACUUUUCAUGGUGCUUCGUCGUCCGAGCGAGGACGGUAAGUCGUUUGUAUACCAGGCCCUGACGGGUUCUCUUCCGCAUCGCUUGCAUGUGGUGGAAACUGUUUCUGCGCAGAACAUGAAGGCUUCGCAAAAUGCUUGCAUUGCCGACCUCCCCAUCCCUGAGGACUUCAGCUCGUUUUUCAAAAUGAGAUUGAUGUUGUCUUGCACGGACCGCCACUCGAGCAACUUGGCCGUGGAAAAGAAGCUGCAAGCAGAGCAUGAGUCCUGGACAUUUGCCCAGUCUCAUUGCAGCAUGCACAAAGCGGCCGAUGCACAAUCCAGACAGUUUGAAGUUACGUCAGCUCACGUGUCUGGGAUGCUUUCAGCAAGUAUUUCCAUGCAAGCCGCCGGGACUCACGGGCAGCUGAAAGCCAUCUUGUCGCAGAUUUUCGAGGAACGGUUGGUCGUUCUUCAUGGGAAUCCGCAAUUGGUUGAGCAUCGGCACAGCUUGUACGAGCUCCUGCUUCCACUGUCAGGUGCCGAGAAGCUGAAGCAUUCGAAGCAGCGUUGCAUCCUUGAUGCAUUGUUCAAUGGAAACGUUCAGGAUGACAGCCGAGUCGUUCACAUGACCAUGAACCCCAGCUGCAACCGUGACACCAUGCUACCAUUGUUCUGCUCCUUCGGGGUGUGGGGACUGCUCGGGGGCUCGGCAGCACCAUUUUUUAACCGCAGCAAGUGGUUAGGUGGCGAGGUGGCCAUCAGCUGGCAUGCGCUGCUUGCCAACACCCAUGGUUUGCACAAAGAGCUGUUCCAGAGAUGGUCGUCGGUUGUCACACCGACGCCCAGACACAUGACAACACGGACCUCGCCGGGCUGGUCCGCGAUUGCAUCGAGGAUUGUGUCUUCCAGCAUUUUGGAUGGGCCUGCUGCUGAUGCUGCCAGUGCGGCUGCUUCUGCUGCUGCUGCUGCUGCGGCAGUACCAGUUACCCAAGAUGCUGAGGAAGUUGUCGAUGAUAUGGCUGGUAUGGGUGCUGCUGUGGAUGAAGGCGCGCAGGAUGCCACCACACUUGACUGGAAAACUUGGAACCGUGCGAACAAGCGAAAGGCCAUUGUGUGGUCUCUUUGCAACCCUGGCAACGUCUUGAUUGUGAUGCGAAUUUCCAUGCAGCCAGUGAUCAAGGUGUUGCAUGCGCUUUUCCGGUUGUCCGCCGAGAAGUUUGUGAAGGAUCAGCUGCUUGCGUCUGUGCGUGGGGGUGACAGGAAGUUUCGACUCACAGAAUUGUUCUUCGGGGAAGUGGUGCCAGAGUUCCAUCGUGACAUGAACACAGCAUAUCAGUCUGUAAUGAAGGCUUUGCCUUUCCAGGGCAUGACCACAGCCACUCGUGGCUUGGCCACCCGCAUGCUGACGCGGGCAUAUGCUUCCUUGCAUCAGACUCUCCUGUGCAAUCGCUCAUCGUCGCUGGUGAUGCUGUUCAAAGUGCUGGUGGCUGGCUCCGAGAAAGAUGCCGCCGUUCUUGCUUUUGCACAUCUGAAGGAGUGUCUGCUGGAUGACAUCUCCAAGAGCUUUCGAGCCUGCUUUGCCGAUGAAGGGGCUCUGGCAUCGGAGGAGGCUUCGGCUAUGCUGGAAUGCAUUGCAAGGGAGUAUGACAUUGACACACUUCAGGUUGAACGUGGUUUCAGCCAGAUCCGCCGCAGAGUCAUGGCCAGAUCGUUCCACACCUGGCGACCGGCCCACUCGGAUGUGGCAAGCGAGUGCCUGAUGCGGCACUGUGCACUCGACAAGCAGCGACAGGAGUACUUUCGCGGGCUUCGUCCGAGUGUCACGGCGAACCUUGCAAAGUCCCGGCAAAGGAAAGAGCGUAAGCAAGUGCAGGGUGGUGGGGCGUGGCGUGCAUACAUGCGCAUCCGUUCACAGGGUCGGAGGUUCACGUCUCUGCAAUCGACGCAGCGGGCCAAAGAGUACCAUGAUCUCCAGCAAAACGACCCUGAGGCCUUUGCUGUGCUUAAGAACCUUGGUGAUUUGGCUCAUGCUCGAGUUGUGCAGGAUGCGCAGCAGCGGCAGCAGAAUGCAAGCCAAAGCAGUCAACCAAGACGUCCGGCAUUUGAUUUUGAUGUGUCCCGGCUCCCGAAGUCUUUGCUUGAAUCUCUGCAGGCUGCGGAUGACGAUGAUGAUGAUGCUGAUGGAGGUUUCCGUGCUGCUCGCUGUGCCGAAGCUCCGGCAAUUCUCGGUGUCGAGGAUGAUCUGCGUCGACUCCUGCGGGAGAGUCGGCAAGCUGCAAUGGCAACAAACGCUUUGGAAAACUCGCAGGGAGCCGAAAUCUGUGCCAAGUCGGCUGAAGUCGCCACAGGGCCCAGCUUCCAGAGCCUCAGCAGACCGCACACGUCGCAGACUGACACCGAGAAGGCCUUGCUGCUUGCAUCCGCCAACUCCGACUUCCUUUGUGUUCCAGGUCAACCGGCGGUGGCCGUUUUCUCCCCGACAGCGGAGGUGAUCGUCAAGGACACGGUUCGGUGA